CUACAAUGAGUUGAAAAUGUUCUGUCGCCAGUUGCGAAAGAUGGCAACCACUAGGGGAAAAAUGUUAUUUCCGGUUGNGCUUAGCGUUGCGGUUGCCAAAAGAGAGUUGGUCAACUUUUAACUUUUGGCAACUGCAAUUCGCAAUUGCAGCAUGUCAGCCAAUCAANUGUCGUAUUCAGAAAAAGCGUAAAAAUGAAAUUUUAUAACCGUUUAUUAAGUAAACAUUGGUGAAUAUAGGUUAUGAUUUUCUUAGUAUUUUUUGUAUUUUAUUGUUUUACUUUUUUAAUCAUUUAUUUUACAAAAAUGGAAGAAGAAUAUGUCGAAUAUUAUGAUUUGGAUAUGUUCGAAGAAGUAGAAGAAUGGAAUGAAUCGGAAAUACGAUCACUUAUUGCACUAAUAAAAACAAAUAAAUUUUUGUUUGAUAAAUCCAUUAAAGAUUUUUCUAAUAGAGAAAAAAAAAAUACUUGGAAAAUAAUAGCAAAUUUGCUGAAUAAAAGUGAAAUAGAAGUGCAAAAAAAAUGGAAAUCAUUGAGAACUGUAUUUAGCCGCAAAUUAGCACAGUUGAAGGAGAAAGCACCAAGUGGAAGUGGAACUGAUGCUAAAAAAAAGUCAACAAACAUUGAAUGGGACUACUGGAGUGACAUGCAGUUUCUUAUACCACAUAUGCGUCAUAAGUCAAACAGAACAUCAAAUUUUUACAAACAGCCACUUUCUUCUUCUACUACUGGACCUUUGGUUUCCUUUAAAUCAGCCUCAUNAGAAACAAUGGAUUGUACUAUGCAGAAUGCAAAUGUGAUAAGUUCUGAAUUUUCAGAUGUCGCACAUUUNCUCACAGAGACACCAAACAGCGAAAUAUUGCUUUCUUCAGAUGAUUUUUUUUCACAUAUUGAAUCAUCAGCAAGCAGUAUUGAACAAAAAAUAUCUAUGUCUGAAACUGGAAAAAAAAAUAUUUAUCUAACAUGAAAUGUAAACGUAAAGCUUCUAUAGUUCCCACACCAGAUAAAUUCCAUAUUAAAAANAAGAAAGAACUUGA